AUGUCGGAAGACACUCCUACGUCCACUAGACCUUCCUCUCCAGACAGUAAUGGCUCUUUAUUCCACCACAAGUCAUGGCUCGAGCCCUGGACGCACCCUGAAUUCCCACCUGAUGAGUCGCGCAGGGAUCGAGAAAAACGAUUUAAACAAAAGGAGUGGGUAGGGUAUACGUCUAUGCCACAAUUCCUCAAGCAAUAUACAUUCAGAUUCCGCGAUCAGGCAUGGCCCUGGGGCUAUUUUAUUUACCGGACCACCUAUGCAUCUGAGGAAGAUUGGACAGCAGCCCUGGCCAAGCUUAAUCGCUAUUUUUACCACGAAGUCAAACCGCCUAACCGGGAAUUACUGCCAGGGCAGUUGGAUGCAUACAAGCUUAUCUAUGAGGGGUACCGGAAUGUUAUUAUUGAGGAUCCUGAGCUAGACGGUGUCGGUGCUGAUAUUAUCCUUAAAAAGCACCGAGAGUGGGUAACAAGGCACGGAUUAGAUACUUACGCCAGUCCCCGAUUCGGUCACUGCUUGAUGAUUGAUGAGCAAUGUCUUCGAUCUAUCUUGGCAUCUAAAGAGCCCGGAACUGCGGAGCCGAGCGGCUGUGAUCCGUGGACAGGACCGCACGGAUAUAUUAAUAUCUUGGAUGUUGUGGACCACGAUCCCGAGGACCCAGAAUACGACGAGGGACCAUUUUAUAAUGGGUGUAUGCGGCUGGAGCUUGAUGCUCUUUUUUGUUUUGCUUGUAACUGCGAGGACUACCCGCUUUGUGAUCAGUAUUGGUAUCUCAACAGUCCAGAAUGGGUUUUGUAUACCGAUGGAAGAAGCGCGAGGGGCGAGCCUAAGGAUAUGGUUAUCCAUUGGCGGAAACGGGGUAUGAAUAUCUAUGGGUAUGAGCGAGAACCCUAUCCAUAG